CGUACGAACAGAGAUUCGCCGGAUCCCGGAUAGACGGAUAGACGGAUAGCAAGCAUGAAGUCUCUUGUUGUCUUGUCGUGCCUCGUGCUGUCGACUCUGGCUCUGCCAGGUUACGCACCUCAAGAGGUGUAUCAUGCGUACAGCGGACACCACUAUCAUGGACCACCGGCCCCGCUGGCCCACGACGGUCGGGUAGUUGACACGCCGGAAGUGGCUCACGCUAAGAAGGCGCAUCUGAUAGCGCACGCCGAAGAGGCUGCCAAAACGGCGCAUUACGGGGGUGGAGGUUUCGAAGGGGGUUACGGCGGAGGCUUCGACGGAGGUUUCGGCGGAGGUAUCGGCGGAGGUGUCGGCGGAGGUGUCGGCGGAGGUUUCGGCGGAGGAUACGGCGGGGGUUACGGCGGACACGGAGGUCACAUCGUCGGGUACCACGGCAAACUCGCGCCGAUCGGCAAAGACGGUCGAGUAGUGGACACGCCGGAAGUGGCCCAUGUUAAGGCCGCGCAUCUACACAUCCUUGCUGAAGAGGCGGCCAAGGCCAAGGCGUACGCGUAUCCCUAUCCCUACACGCAGGGCGGAUUUUGAACCCCGCCCGCCCCCCCCGUCGAGGAAGAUACGUUUUACGGAUAGACCGUUAACUCGCUGUGUCUGCAUCAUAUCUUAAUGUCUACGUUAUGUCUUAACUGACUGCAUUAAUAUAUCUUAAACGAGAGCAGUGUCUUCGAAGGAUUGUGCCAACGCGUCUUGUCACGUUGGCGGAUGUUCAUCUCGGAUAAACGUAAAUAUGUAUUAUUUUUGUAUACGCACUAAAUGUAACGAUAUAAAAGUAACCAAUAAAGUAUAAACGUGUGGAAUAUAAAUAGCCUCACAGAGAUUUCCCUCUCAUACAAGUCGAAAGUCAUUUCGCGUAGCGUAGAAUAUCGCGAGUAUAUUCAAUUACGCCUUUCGACGGUUUCAAACAGAAGGGCGCGAAAAUUAAUUGUACUUUUCCUCUCGCUUCGCUUUCGCUGUCUUUUGAAUAAUUUAUUUUGCGAGUGUGAAAUGUUUUAUUUCACGCGGUUCCGCGGUGAGGUGCCGCGAGCUCAAUUACGAUUCAGAAGCACGAGUUCGGAUGCCGAUCGUGCGUAUCGAUCACUCACGACCGACUGCCACUCCGUCAGGCUCGACUAAACGCCCUAGGUACGUUGGUGUUGCGUUGGUGACAAGCGCGCAAUUCCUUUCAGAUCAGACCAACGGGGCCCGAUCGAU